CCCCAAUCGCAAACACAAAACAAAGCGAAAGCAGAGCCCACUCACGCACACACGCGGAGAAGACGAGAAGAAUGAUGGCCAUUUUCCUCCUGCUCCUGAUGUGCUUCCUGGCCCCCGGGGCACUCUCCGUGCCGCCGCGCCCGCCGGUGCGGUGCGGCGGAAAGGGAGAGUCCGGCUGCGUUCUGUCGAACGCCUACGGCGCGUGGUCGAGCGACCGCGCCGACUGCCCCGUGUCGUCCGUGGCGUACCCGGCAUCGGAGCGCGACGUGGUCGCGGCCGUGGCGCGCGCCAGCGCCGGUGGCAUGCGCGUCAAGGCCGUCAGCGGCUUCGCGCACACCAUCCCGAAGCUCGCGUGCCCUUCCGCCGGGCCCGGCGGGAACGGGAACGGCACCCUGCUGAUAAGCACGGCGGGGUACGCGGGCGUGGAGGUGAACGCGGCGGCGCGGACGGCGACCGCGGACGCCGGCGCGCCGCUGCGGGCGGUGAUCGACGCGGCGGAGGCGCGGGGGCUGAGCCUGCCGGCGUCGCCCUACUGGGAAGGGGUGAGCGUCGGCGGCGCGGUGAGCACGGGGUCCCACGGCAGCUCCUGGUGGGGCCGGGGUGGCGCCCUGCACGACCACGUGGUGGCGCUCAGCCUCGUCGUGCCCGCCGGUGCGGCCGACGGAUGGGCCAAGGUCGUGGCGCUCCGCAGAGGCGACGCGCUCUUCCCCGCCGCGCUCGUCUCCCUCGGCCUGCUCGGGGUCAUCUCCAAGGUGACACUGGCGCUAGAGCCGCGGUUCAAGAGAAGCAUAACAUACGACUACAGAGACGACUCCACCUUCCAGGACGACUUCGCGGACCACGCCGCGCGGCACGAGUUCGCCGACAUCGCCUGGUACCCGUCCCAGCACCAGGCCGUGUACAGAGUCGACGGCCGCGCGCCGCCGAACGCCAGCGGCGACGGCGUGAACGACUUCAUCGGCUUCCAGUCCACGCUCAUCGCGGUCUCCGCAGGGAUCAGAGCACUCGAGACCGCGCUGGAGCGGUCCAAGAGCGUGAAGGGGAAGUGCGCGAUGGCCGCGGCAGAGAUCGCCGCGAAGAAGCUCGUGGGCAACGGGCUGAGAAGCAGCAACGGCGCGCUCUUCACGGGCUACCCCGUGGUCGGGUUCCAGGGGAAGAUGCAGACUUCGGGCUCCUGCGCGCACUCGCCGGCAUCCAACCCGCUCGCGGCCUGCGCGUGGGAUCCCAGGUUCAAGGGCCUCUUCUUCUACGAGAGCACGGCCAUCUUCUCCCCGGAAGGGUUCAAGGCGUUCAUCCUCGACGUCAAGCGGCUGCGGGACAUGAACCCGGAGAACUUCUGCGGCGUGGACGUCUACAACGGGAUGCUCAUCCGGUUCGUGAAGAAGUCGGAGGCGUGGCUCGGGCAGCCGGAGGACUCAGUCGUGGUGGACUUCAACUACUACCGCGCGGCGGACCCGGCGGCGGCGCGGCUCAGCCAGGACGUGUGGGAGGAGGUGGAGCAGCUGGCGUUUGUGAAGCACGGGGCAAGGCCGCACUGGGCCAAGAACCGGAUGGCGGCCUUCCUUGGCGUGCGGGCCAAGUACCCCGGAUGGGCCAGGUUUUUCGAGGCCAAGCGGGAGCUGGACCCAAGGGGGCUUUUCGAUAGCCCGUGGUCCGACGAGGUUAUUGGCAAGAAGGAGCUCGGGAAGGGCGAUGGGUGCGCCAUGGACGGGCAAUGCGUCUGCUCCGAGGACAUGCAUUGCAGCCCGGGACAAGGGUACUACUGCAGAACGGGGCUUGUGUAUGCAGAGGCCAGGGUGUGUAGAUACUCCGCUUCGCAGCUUGCAUAAAACACUUCCUGUGCUGAAUCGCUGAUUCUUUGGUUCGAGAGUUCUGUGCAGAUGAUCUUACGAGGAUCACAGUAGUACUGAGCAGACAGGUCCUUGUAGCCUAGUUUGUAAAUUCUUCUUUAAAGCUGCAUUUAUUUAUUUUGACAUGAAUAAAAAUACAGAUAAGAACAGGCAACAGAAAUAAGUACUGUAUAUAUUUUCUAGCCUAUCA